AUGGACAGCGACGACGAGGAGAUGCGCGACGCCUACUCCUCCUCCGUCGAAGGCGGGGACGACGGCGACGGAGGCGACGACGAAGCGGGGUACGAGGGGGCCCGGGAGGGGCUGAUGGUGAUGGAGGUGCGCUGGUUCGAGGUGGACCUCGACUACGAGUACGACGCGCCCAGGUGGUUCGACCUCGCGCAGGAGGAGGCGCCCGUCGAGGCCGCCGCCGCCGAGAUGUGGUUCGCCGCCGCGCCCAGCUACCCGCCCUCUCCUUUAAUUGCUAUGAUGCUGGCUGAAGAUCUUGGGUUGCCGAACCUAAGAAGCAUUGCAGUUGCAGAAAUAGAUGCUGUGCAUUGCUCGAAGCCGUCGCAAGGAUGUUCCGGUGCAGCUGAACAAAGUAUGUAUCAAUCACAUGUCAAAAUAGGACGGAUACCAUGCUAUGGAAUAUCAAAAAAUGAAAGAAAACCUGCCACUCGAAGUAUUGUGAAGGGGAAUUUCUCCAAGGGGUCCACACUGAUGAAGCCUACAGCCAGUCAAUUAGCCAGGCAAAACAGGCAACAUGAAGUGAAGAAUGUCAUGCCGAGUAAAAAGUCAGUUGGAGUGAGAAGCGAGGGGAGUACCAUGAGCUCAAACGAUUGCACUAACCAAGCUGGUAAAAGGCAGAAGUUAGAAAAAGGCCAUCUCAACAAGGUUGUUCCUACAAGUCAACAUGAAUUAAUCCACAAGGCUCAUGAAAAGAAUGUUAUGAAGAGUAGCUCUGAUCGUGCCACUGGUCUAUCUAAACUGAAGAUUACAGUGCCGAGAGAACCUGAGUUGGCAACUAGGCUAAGAGCAGAGAGGUCAAGGAUUCUAAGAGCAGUGCCAACUAACUCAAAGCAGUUAAAUAAACGGGAUUUGCAGCCUGCUCCUACGACGCAAGCAGCAUUGACCAGAAAGGUCGUGCAACCAUUUCGGGCCCAUCAGCAUGCGAAUGUACAACAUGCCACUGUUCCACCAAACAUGCCAGCGUGUGCGCCUAACCGUGCAAUUAAUCUCCACAACAUCGAUAGAAAACCAGAAGAUUCCAGAGAUGGCACGUUUAAAUUUAAAGCUCAGCGAUUGGAUAAAAAGAUAUUACAAAGCAAAGGAGAUACUGGUUUAUUUCAAAAUGCCAAAAGAAAUCCUACAGUGCCUAAGGAAUUCAACUUGUCAACAUGCCGAAAGAGCAAGCAGGCUCCAUUAUCUGAGCUCUUUAACAAGCUUUCUUUAACCGCCGAAGGCCGCCGUGCCAUGGACCGCCAGGCAGUUGAACGUCCAAAUUACAUCACCACCAAGGAUUGCAAAGAGAACAUGAUUGGUGCCAUUCGUUGCUAGCUCUGACCUACUUAGUCAAGAAGAAUAUUUAUACCGUUCUGUUUGACAAAGGCUGAUUCAGAAUCUCAUUUCUGCACCUGCACAAAGGCUAGGCGUCUCUUUUGGACACUAGGACUCACAGGGGGUGGGCUCAUCCUCCCUUUCUUCAUCAAACAAGAUGAAGCCAUACAUUAUUUAACAUUAAGGCACCC